UGCGUUGUUGUUAUUACUUUGCUCAUUUUGAUUUUCAAUAGUCGAAUUACAAUUCCAUUAGAUUAUUGUGCUCUACGAAUUUUUCGCAAUUUCAAAGUAAAAAUGGCAAACUGGUUGAGAACUCGAUUAUCCAAAGGAAAUUUGCUGAUAAAACGACUUCGAAUCACGAUUUUUUGUUUGAAUUUAUUCUUUGUCAUACUGGGUUUCUUAGUGCUAACCAUUGGUAUUUUCACCUAUGUAGAGUAUCAACAGUAUAGAGAGUUUCUAGUAGGUGAUCAUUUGGGGUUGCAUGGCAUUGGUUUAAUAAUCGUCGGCUGUGUCACAUUUGUGAUUACACUUCUCUGUUUCAUUGGCAAAAUCAGAAAAAGUCCAUGUGUGCUAUUAUAUUUUAUGAUGGUGUUGGUUGUAAUUUACCUCUUUGAAAUCGCAUGUGGUAUUGCUGUGAUCGUUGAAAAAUCGAAACUUGAUGCAACUUUGACGAAAAAUUUGAACAAAAUAUUCAAUGACUACAAAAGUAACGAGGGAAUAUGGGAACAUUUACAAACUGAGAUGAAAUGUUGUGGUAUCAACGGACCAGACGAUUGGCACACAAAUAUCCCCAAAUCUUGUUAUGAAACUUUGCCUAAAGGACAAAGGUUUUGUACCAAAACUGGUUGCAAAUCUCCAUUACUCAAUCAUUUUGGAUCGAUAGCAGCUAUUUCGGCCGGCUUUAGCCUUUCGUUUGGAUUGAUUCAGAUUUUGGUCAUCGGAUGUACUUUUUACGCAUACAAAUUGUUUCGCGAUAGCUUUGGAGAGCAUAUAGAAAUAUUUGUUCGAUAAAAAAAAGCUUUGUGUUCAAAUAAUAAACUGAAUCAUAUAUUUAUCAUCACAA